AUGACUGAAACUGUUGCAGGCCAGUGCGGAGGAACUGGAUGGACUGGGCCGAGUCUAUGCCAGAGUGGUUGGACUUGUGUUUCACAAGCCGGAAACCCUUGGUAUUCGCAAUGCUUGCCUAACGCUGCAACGUCCUCGAUUGGUGGAGGACAAGUCACAACACCAUCUCUAUCUUCAACCACCGUGAUUAGCGUUACACAUUGCGCUUCAUCCAAUGCACCAGCUCCAGGUUCUGGAAAGGUGUCGGUGGCGGGAAUCAAUAUUGCUGGCUGUGAAUUCGGGACUGAUAGCAACGGAAACCAACAGCCAUCAGCGGCGUACUGUCCCCUCGGUCCAAUGUAUAACAAACCAGACGGACCCGGCCAGAUGUCUCAUUUUGCAUCGCAGGACAAGUUCAACGUCUUCCGGCUUCCAGUUGGCUGGCAAUAUCUCACAAAUAAUGCCAAUGUAGCAACUGGAACUCUGGAUCCGACGAAUUCAGGGGCAUAUGACUUUUUGGUUCAACAGUGCUUAGUGACAGGAGCGUACUGUCUGAUUGAUAUCCACAACUAUGCCAGAUUCAAUAACGCCAUAAUCGGCCAAGGAGGACCAACCAAUGAAGUCUUUGCUGCUCUCUGGGCCUCCAUCGCUACCACAUACAAGAGCCAAAGCAAAGUCAUAUUCGGACUCAUGAACGAGCCACACGAGAUACUCAACAUAUCAACUUGGAGAGACACCGUCCAAGCAGCCGUCACCGCAAUCCGUAAUGCAGAAGCAACCUCCCAAAUCAUCCUUCUUCCCGGUAACGGUUGGACGAGUGCCCUAUCAUUCCUCUCCGACGGUUCCGGACCUGCACUUGCAACGGUUACAAAUCCAGACCACUCAACCACGAAGCUCGUAUUCGACAUCCACAAAUAUCUUGACUCGGAUAGUAGUGGAACUAGCCCUGAGUGUGCGGAUAAUUAUAUCAGCAAGGCUUUUGAGCCGUUGGCGCAGUGGUUGAGGUGUAAUGGACGGAUGGCACUUUUGAGCGAGACGGGAGGCGGCAGUACGAGUAGUUGCCAGACAUAUCUUUGUCAGACUGUUGCAUUUUUGAAUGCGAAUUCUGAUGUGUAUCUUGGUUACAUUGGGUGGGCUGCUGGUGCUUUUGACCUGAGCUACCAACUUGCAGAAACGCCGACGAAUAGUAAAGGAGUGUGGAAGGAUACGCAGAUUGUGACCCAGUGCUUGGUUCCUAAAUGA